AACAGAUUGUUUACUUUAGUGAACACACCCUUUACUUUGAAUACACAAUCACUCGUGUCUUUGGGUGACAAUUGAUCCCAUAAUCUCGUUGUCCACACCAUCUGUCGCUCCAGAUGUCACUCAAGAACAUCCUAUCGCUGAAGAAGUACUCGUUUCUGAAGCAACCGAAGGGAUCGCCAAAUGUGUUGUUAACCCCAUUAUCGCAACAAAUCAAACAAAACAUUGCAUUUGAAUGGAUUAAAAGCAUCCGAAAAUUACCAUCAGUGGAGAUGUUUGUCACGCCUUUCAUUACACACACGGAACCGCUGAUCGGUGACCAAAAUAACAUGAAUGAUAUUUUGCUUAAAUCAAUUUUAGACAAUUAUAGCGAUUAUUAUAAGGUGUGGAGCGAAGGCAUGACUGAAACCGUGGAGAACAAGUGUCCGCAGUUGGAGUCAAUUGAACACAUCAGCGGCUCAUCCGUUAAGACAACACAUCCGGCGUUAACCGAUUCCGACAUUAUUUCGUGUCAAAUAGAUUUAGACAACUCUUUAAUCGCUAUAUUAAGCGAUGCCUUCACUACGAAGAAGUAUGAGAGCGGUAAAUCUGUGACCAAAAUGAAAUUUGACGCCUCGUUAGCGCCGUUCAAAGUUGGCUUCACUUUUCGCGACAAUGUCUUAAUAAACGACGUUUUGUUGGAUUUAACAAAACAUUUGAUACAAUCGUUGAAACUCUUCGACAUUCCUGUUCUCCCAUUCGCGCCAAACAAAUUGGUUUCAAUCGAUCAUCACGACGAGUUGGGUAUUGUAUACACCGUUAUAUUGGACAACGAGAGCACUCAGAUGGGUGUCGUUGGGCUCCGGAAUCGGGACUCAGACACUGAGGAAAGCGUUCACAUCUCACGACUUCAACAGACAUUAUGUCUUUAUCUCAAUGUUAUUCAUCCGUCGAUUAUUCGUAAUAAAUAUUAAUAAUUAAUUAAUAAUUAUAUAAAAAUUAAAUAUAUUUUCUGUUCAUUGUUUUGGAUUGUUUUCCUGU